GGUUUCCGUAAAUAAUUAAUAAUGGACAACUUUUUAGCGGAAAAUAAUGUGUGCGGGCAAAACAUAUUGCAUUUAGUGUCCAGGGGAAAUGCUAUCAUAGCCGAAUUAUUGCGGUUAAAGGAUUAUAUUCCGAAUAUUUACAAGCUUGAAACCAAGCAAGAUGUACAAAAAUAUGGUGAUAUUAUAUUGGAUUAUAAUUAUUUUAAGAAUGCCGAAGCACAGGAAAACAAAAUAGAGUCUUCAGAGGCCUUAAGGGAACUGGAUGAAGAAUUUAGAGAUAAUCAUAUAGAUAUUAUUAGUAGAUUUUACUUGGCUUUUGAGAGUGUACAUACUUAUGUAACAGACUUGAAUCAUUUUUUGGAGGAAUUAAAUGAUGGUAUCUAUAUACACCAAACAUUGGAUAAUGUUUUUCUUGAUAUGGAAGGAAAACAACUUCUGUGUGAAAGUCUAUUUUUAUAUGGCCUUAUGCUCUUAAUAGUGGAUUAUUACAUUGAAGGCAUCAUUCGGGAGAGAUUAUUGGUUUCUUAUUAUAGAUAUACACCACAAAGGCGGGACACACAAAGUUGUAUAGAUGAGGUUUGCAAAUUAUUAAGAGAUACUGGGUUUAACACCUCUAAAAAACCUACCAACUAUCCAGAGGACUAUUUUAAACGGAUCCCGAUAAACUCGACGUUCAUAGAAAUGGCGAUAGGCCGCCUUAGAUCGGACGAUCUCUACGGUCAGAUAUCCGUUUACCCGCUACCCAAACACCGCAGCACCGCCCUAAGCACGCAAGCGUCCAUGCUGUACGUCUGCUUGUUUUUCUCCGCAAACGUCCUCCACGCGCAAACGGCGAUAAUGCGCGAAAUAGUCGACAAGUUUUUCCCCGACAACUGGGUGACAUCGGUGUACAUGGGCAUGAUCGUGAAUCUGGCCGAGGUGUGGGAGCCCUUCAAAGCCGCCAGGAUGGCCUUGAACAACACCUUGGAGAUCGUCAACGUGAAAGACUACGCGCAAGGUUUCGGCAGUAACAUCGUCAACUUACACCAAACCACGAACAUGCUGCUGAAAGAGGGGAACAUCACCAAGGAAACCUUGCUGAAAGACAUAAAUAAUAUCAUAAACACGCUGAGGGAUUGCAAUGUCACCGUGCGUUGGUUGAUGCUGCACACUUUCGGCAAGCAAGACAAAAAUAAGAAACUAAAGCAACUUAAAGAUCUUAUUGUAAACGAAUCCAAAUGCGAGUCGGCGCAGAUAUUUAAGUUGCUGUUGAACACAGCCCAGUUGGAGUUAACUUGCAGGGAAAUGUUUAAAAAUCUCCUGCACGAAAAGGAGAAACAAUGGGAGGAUUUAAAACAGCAGAGCUACAAAAGCCUGUGCGAGCUGUCUGAAGUUUUCGGCGGAAGCGUGCCGCUAUCCAGAAUCCAGAAAAACGAGAACUUGGAGAAGUGGUUUUUGGAAAUAUCGAAGCAAGUCGAGACGUUGCACCAGCACGAGAACAACUCGUCGAGAAAGUUGGUGCAACUGAUACAGGCGUUGGAGGAGGUGCAGGAGUUCCACCAGCUGGAAUCCAACAUGCAGGUGGUGCAAUUCCUGAGCGAAACCAGGAAGGAUCUGCACCGGAUGGUGAGGAACAUGAACAUCAAGGAAGACGUGCUGAUAAACCUGCAAAUAAUCGGCGAUGUGAGCUACGCGUGGGAGCUAAUCGACUCCUACACGCCCAUAAUGCAGCUCGGCAUCAAAAAGGAACCGACCCUGGUGAUAAAACUUCGCGCUGUCUUCCUGAAGCUCGCCUCCGCCUUGGAAUCGCCUUUACUGAGGAUCAACCAGGCGCACAGCGAGGAUCUGAUCUCCGUAUCUCAGUACUACAGCAGCGAGCUGGAGAUUUACGUCAGGAAGGUCUUGCAGAUCAUCCCGCGCAUGAUGUUCCAGAAGUUGGCCAGGAUAAUCGAGAUGCAGACCUCGGUUUUAAAGGAAAUCCCCACCAGGUUGGACAAGGAUAAGGUCAAGGAUUACGCGCAGCUGGAAGAGAGGUUCGAGUUUGCCGAGUUGACGCACUCUAUCUCGGUUUUUAGUCAAGGAAUGAGGAUGAUGAAAAGUACCUUAGUGGGAGUGGUGUGCUUGGAUCCGAAACAAUUGCUGGAAGACGGAAUACGUAAAGAGUUAGUUCAACACAUUUCUAAAGCUUUACAUUCCGAACUAAUAUUCAGCAGCAAACCAAAAGCUGAGGAACUGGAACAAAAACUAAAGUCCCUAGGAGCGAUUAUGGAUGGGUACAAGAGAUCGUUCGAAUACAUUCAAGAUUAUAUAAAUUUGAAUGGUUUAAAGAUAUGGCAGGAAGAGGUGACUAGGAUAGUAAAUUUUAACGUGGAACAAGAAUGCAAUGGUUUUCUGCGUAAUAAGGUUCACAACUGGCAAAGUGUGUACCAAAACAGACAUGUCCCAAUACCAUAUUUUGCCCGUACAGAUAGUAUAAGUGAAAAUUUUAUAGGCAGGCUUGCCAGGGAGGUUAUAAGGAUCACAGACCCAAGAAAUUCCAUAUAUUUAUUGCAAACAUCGACCUGGUACGAUAUUAAAACUCACAAGCCCGUAUUUAACAAAGAAGGCAUCGGUUUGAUUGCGUCAGCGAUAGAAAUUGCUGGAUUAGCAGGCCUUGACCGGUUGUUUUCCUUUAUGAUUGUUACCAACUUACAGAAAAUAACAGCUAUAUUUGAGAACAAAAACAUAAAGCACAACAACUGGAACAGCGUUAUGACAAUGAUUUACAACGACUUUAAAAAAACUGAAGAACUUUCAAAUCCCCUCAAGUUCUACCAAAAUCAAGUCAGUAGAACCUCGAAAAUUUGGAACGAAUUUCUAGAGUACACCUUACUUGUUGGCCAACUGCAACUAUUAAGGCACCUAAUCGCCUUCCACUUGAACAAAUCCUGCAAGUUUAACGCCAAAAAUAUGGAAUCUUCGCUGAGGACCUUAAACAAAGCACUUUUACUGGACAUAAAAAACGAACAUUACGAACCAAAAGAGGAGCUACUUUUCGCCCUGUCCAGUUAUUUUGAUUACGCCGGGUUAAACAAUCCAUUUAGAAAAGUUUACGUAACGUCCAAAAAUAAUAUGGACUACUCGGUGGCCAUUUUCGUGUUUGCUAUAGCGCAUCUGCCAAAAAUAUUUCUUCCUAAAAAUACAGGUAAUUUUAAUAGACGAGGACAAGACCAAAUAGACGGAACUGCUUUCGCCGUUGCUAUACAAACUGUUUUAAAGCAGUUUCAUAACAAUAUCAACCAUAAUUUUAUAGAGUUAUUCUCGAAUUUUAUUAUGCAACUCACCAAGCAUCACAUAAGUACUAAAAACUCCGAAUUGCCGUUGGAAGUGAUUUUAUCCAUGAAUUUUAUGGAUGUUUAUACAGAUUUUUCCAACGAAUCCAGAAUUUCUUACAGAGAGUGUUUACCGCCAGAAAUAUUACACAUACAAGAAUCUUUAGCAAUGCCUACAUAAUAUUCUAAAACUAAGUAAAACAUUGAGACUGCAGGACAUUCCUAAUGAUACAAAAUAUAUAUUUUAAUAAAGUUGUUAUAUAUGUACAUCAAAUAAAUGCUUACUU